UGAAUUGUGAUCAAUGUGGGGGGUAUUCCGUUCCCACGUGUGUGGUCUGAAUAAUUUUUUGUUAUUAUUUAUUGUUUAUUUUAUUUGAACGUCUCAUUCAACUUUCGCGUUAUUUUGUUGAAUGAAAAUGUUUUUGUUUAGUGUUUUUUAGCUUUUAAUCAUUUUAAAUGUAUUUGGUUUUAUUUAAAAUCCAGUAUUAUUUUAAAUUGUAAAAAUGAAUUUUUUUAUAAUAUUGACAACUUAUUUAGUGUUUGGAGCAGCUGAAAAUUAUGAUUCUUUUAAAACAGAAACUUCUUUACGCAAUUCCACUUAUACAAAAUACAAAGAGCAGAAAAAGUUCAAAGAGAAUACAAGGUAUAAAUUAUAUGAUGGAAACCUUCAAUAUUGUCAAAAAUCUGCAAAAUGCCAAACUUUAAAUUAUUCUAUUUGCAUGGGAGCCAAAUUACCAUAUCAUGGUACCACAUUGGACCUGAUUGACUUAAAUAGUCAAGAAAAAGUACAAGAAAAACUUCAAGUUUAUAGAUAUUUACGAUAUGUGCCUAAAUGCUGGGCUGUUAUCCAGCCUUUUUUAUGUGCCUUGUAUAUGCCUAAAUGUGAAGAUGAUAAAGUAGAUUUACCUUCUUAUGAAAUGUGUAAAAUCACCCUUGAACCAUGCAAAAUAUUCUACAACAGUUCUGUUCUCCCUGAAUUUUUAAACUGUGAUGAUGAAAAUUUGUUUCCUUUUAAUAAAUGUAAGAAUGAUAUACAUGAGGUUAAAUUUAAUACCACAGGAUUUUGUAUGGACCCAUUGGUAAAAACUGAUAAACAAGAAUGGUGGUACCCAGACAUUGAAAAUUGUGGUUUGAAAUGUAAAGAUUCUCUCCAUACAGAAAAUGAACACUAUCAAAUUCAUAAGCUGAUUUUUUAUUGUACAUUGCUGUGCAUUUUUUGCAACAUCUUUACCAUUACUACUUUUGUAAUCGACUGGAAAACUGCAAAUAAGUACCCAGCAUUGGCUAUUUUCUAUGUAAAUGUAUGUUUUUGUAUCUCGUAUGGAGGUUGGCUGGUUCAAUUUUUAGGGAGCGAAACUAGAGAAGAUAUCGUUUGCAAAAAAGAAGGAACUUUAAGAAAAUCUGAACCAAGUGCUACUGAAAAUUUAUCAUGUGUGAUUGUUUUCGUUAUGGUUUAUUACUUUAUGGUUGCAGGUUUAGUUUGGUUUGUGAUAUUUAGUUAUUCAUGGCAUAUGAACUCAUUACAAGCUCUAGGUAAAUUACAGGACAGAGUUGAUCGGAAGCGAGCAUAUUUUCAUUUGGUUGCAUGGAGUUUUCCUCUAAUGUUAACAAUUACCACAAUGGCAAUUGGAGAAAUUGAUGGAGAUUAUGUCACAGGGAUUUGUUUUGUGGGUUUUAUCAAUAAAGCAGCUAGAGCAGGUUUGCUUUUAACACCACUAGCGGCUACGAUGGUUGUUUCUGGUUAUAUUAUUGUCAAAGGACUCGUUCUUCUCGUUAAAGUUAAAAUAGACAGCAGAGAAAUAAUAUCAGAACAUUCUAGUAGGAAAAUCAGGUCGAAUAUCGUCAGGAUGGGAGUUUUUACAAUAUUUAUGAUAGUAUUCUGUAUAAUCACUUUUGUAUAUCAUCACUACAUUUUUGAAAACUCGCAACAUUGGGAUAUGAGUUUGCAGAAUUAUAUUUUGUGUAAACUCACCAGUCUAAGUUCCGAUUCCACUCACUGUAAGCAAACAGCUCGACCUAGUGUUGCAAUGUUACAAUUGCAGCUGUUAGCUGUAUUUGGAUCAGGAAUUGCUAUGGCGUCUUGGGUGUGGUGUGAUGCCACCUUACACUCAUGGGGAAGGUAUAUUAGAAGAAAAUUUCACUGUGAAAUCGACGAGCCGAUGAAACUUCAAAAACACAAAAUAAUAGCCCAAGCGUUCGCAAAACGAAAGAAGUUUAAUGCAGGUGGCGAAAUAUCCAUUCUGUGUCAGAAUCACACCGAUCCCGUUGGGCUUCAAUUCGAAUUGAACAGCGCUGCUAGCAACGAACUAAGUACGACGUGGGCGGCAAAUCUGCCGCGUUUGGUCAAUCGCAGAGGAGCAGUACCUAAUGAGGUGGCUUACUCAGUGUCCAGCAAUAAUCAUUCAUUAGAUAGUGAAGUCAGCUUGAAUUUCAGGCAUGUUAGCAUAGAAAGUAGGAGGAAUUCCGGCGAUAGCCAAGUUUCCGUACAAAUUGCUGAAUUGAAAGCAACAAGAAAGGUGAAUUCAAGGCGACAUAGAAGCAGACACAAAUCGAGUCGCCAUUUUCGCAGCCACUCUAAGAGCGUAGGUCAUACAUCAAGGCGACUUUCCAAGAAUGGGAAUAAAAGAGAAAGCAGUACAAGCAUAGAUUCCGCUUUACAGAUAAUAAACGCUUUUACCAGUGCUGGAGAUGUCAAAUCUUUCAAGCCGAAUAUGAAUCGACGGACCGGAAAUGCUGGUUUAGAUGGACCGCAUAUUAAUAAUUUAUUAUCGAAAGGAAAAUUACGAAUUCCUUACAACAUUAAUAACCAUAAAAGUGGCAGUGAAGACGAAAAUGUAUCAGUGACCAUAUCAGAAAGUACAUUCAAUAUGAAAUUAAGCAACCACACUAACAAUCUUGAUCUGAAUGACGAGCUUGCUCUGAAAUCUCUUCGUGAAGGUAUUCAUAUAGAAGAACUGAAAACAUCUACAGAUACCGAUGAAUCUGAAAAAUAUAACAAAGAUUAUGAACAAGAAAAACGAAACAGAUGUGGAAGAGAUUCGCAUUCUAGCAAAAGAUCCAAAAGAAGAAUUCCGCGAAAGAAAUACUCAGAUUCCGAUAGUAACGUAAAGAGUGACAGUUCCUCCUGUCCAGAAAUCAAACAACUAGUUCAGAGUUCGCUGAACUCGGGCACGUCUGUCGGUAACGAUAAAAACCGAGUAUCGCGACAGUCGAAAACUUCCAUUGACGUUGCCGUUCAAGCGAACGCCCAAGACUUGGACUAUGAACUGAAAAAUAUCAAGAAGAGCGAACAUGAAAAACACAAAAGCAAACAAAUGAAAACUAAGGAGAAUAGGUCGCGCAAGGAAGGUAAGAAUUUGGAUGUAGAGUCGAACAGGAAAACGAGAAAAUCAAAGGAAAAAUACAUCCGUUAUGGUAGCUCGCAGGAAAGAAGGUCGCUCAACAAGGAAGAUUCCGAUGAGGAGAGUCUUAUUCAAAAUAACUGUAAGAUUGAUAUUAUAAAGAUGUAACAAUUUUUAUGAAUUUAAUAGUUUCUAAUGAUUUUAUACAUUGAUGGCUGUCAUUUUUACAGUGUGUGACAGCCACUUGGAAUAAAUUCAGUAGCUCAAUUACUGUGGAUGUUUGUAAAAAAUCCCGAAACGCUUCAAUUUGAGAUUAUAAAAUGUGAAAAUUUCACACCUACUUCCAACCUCCUUCGAGUGAUAGUUUCAACCAACAAAUUUUUAAAUAGGAAGCAGGGGCUUGUUAUACCUCAUUUGAAAGGUCUCUUCAUUCUUUAUUCAAAAAUGCUGAGAUUUUCAUUUUUUUUUCCAAAAACGAACAGUAAAAAAUAAAUUUUAUUUAAUUAGUGAUAGAGUUUGGUUCUUGAUAAUGUAAAAAAUGACGAAAACCGCGAUUUUCAUGUAGGAGAUCUUCAAAAUGCAUGCCUGGAACGCCCUGGCAACAUUCUAAUCUUAAAUAACGUCAAUCAAAAUCUGAAGAGUUAUUUUUUUUUAUAUUGGUGUCAUCGGCAUUGACUGCUAAGGUCAUUAGCCUCGUGUUCUGUGUAGGCUUUGUUACUGUUUCCCAGCCUACUUUAGGAACAGCACUGUUAAUUAGAACCCAACAGUGAAUGGUCGAGUGGGGAAUCCUACCAAGGCAUCAGAAUUAAUUUUAAAUAAUUAAAUUAAAAAAAUCCCGGCCAACGGUGGUAUUCGAACCUGUGACCCUUGGAUCCACAGGCAGAGACUCUACCACUGAGCCACCCACCUCUCUGAAGCGUUAUUAUUCUUAAAUCAGCUCAAUCGUGUAGUUUAGUCUUUUAUAGUAAUUUUUCACUUGUGGGUUUGCUUGACCAGGAUAUAAAUGACUGCACUUUUUAUAUUGAUUUUUGGAUAUGAACAAAUUGUGUUCAAAUUUAACAAUGUUAUUUUUUAGGUCAUUAAAGGCAGAAUUAAUAUUUUCAUAUUUUAUCUCUAUCGCCCAAUACCUGUGGCAAAAAGAUUAAAAUCAACUAAUAAAAUUCAUGUUUUUUUCCAUGAAACUUAUAUCACGUGUAUAAUUAGUUCAUACUUACUUGCACUUUGAGAAAUAAAUCAUACAGUGUGACUAAAAAAUCACGAAAAUAAAUUGGUGACAUAAGGUGCAUUUUCAUGUAUUACCAUAGAACAUGAUUUCUGUUUUUUUGUUGUUGUAUUAAACACUAGAUAAUUAUUAUAAGUAUUUUAAUAAUAAUAAUAAUAAUAAUAAUAAUAAACGUCUUAUCCUCUUAGACCAGCAUAGCUGUUCCACUCAACCGAGUACCAAAUUCAAACCCUUUAUACAGUGUGUCCCUAGAUAGGUGAAACGUCUCUUAAAGAAGGUAAAAAAUUCUCGAUUUAAAUUUUCCAUUUUUUUGGGGUUCAGUCCUUCUUGGUUAAAGACUAAUUUUUGAGAAAUCAAAUCAAAUGUCUUGGAAAUUUUCAAAAAUCCUAUUUUUCUCAAGAGUAUAGUGCCUUUUAUGUUGCAGAUAUGGCCAAGUUAUUAAGAAAAGUUGUUUAGAAUCAUCAUCUAGGUUCAUAUACCAAAUUUGAAAUUCCUCUGCCAACUAUGAUUUUUCAUUUAUUUUGUCAAUAUAAAAGAUCAAAGUUGGCCGACAUUUUUGAAAUUUGGGAUAAGGACUUAAAUUUUUGAUUUCAAGCAACUUUUCUAUAAAAUAUACAAUAGAAGUACUAGCUGACAAAUCUUGUUCAAAUGUUUUAUAUUUAAAAGAAGAAAACGCUGUAGAUUGACUUUUAAGGCAAGAUUAGGUUGUUAUAUUCGAGAUUUACGAAUAAUGAAAGCUCAUGUUAUUUAUAGUGUAGCGGAUCCCAUUACUGGGUAUUAUUGUACAUGUAAGACUGAUGCAAAAAAAAUAAUAGGCACGUGAGCUCAUAUUUCAAGUAUUUUGUUAUAGUACUAUUUUAGUUGCUGCUAAAAGAUGAAUCAGGUUUUGACAGCGGAUAAAGCUUAUUGGUUUAUAAAUGUUUAAUUUAUGUAAUAAUACAUCGGUAGUUAAUAAAUUCAAAUAACACGUACAACACUCUUGACAGCAAUUGAAUCGGUGAGUUCGAAAACCGUACAUGUCCAAAAUCAUCCUUCCGAGAAAAAAAAAACCAUUUAACGACUCACGAAUAUGUACGGUUUUUCGCCUAAUUUUACGGGUGUAAUCAACUGUACUACGUUAACGGAUAAGUAUCUAGUACGGUUUUUAAACUCAAUCGAUGAAGAGACAAAUUUUAAACAAAAUGGCUAUCUUACUUUAAAAUGUCAAAUUUUGGACUUAUUUUGGAUUAUUUUUAAUGUUUAAAAUAAAUUUGAACAUCGCAGCAUUUUUGAAUAGAUAAUUAAAAGACCUUUGAAAUGCGGUAUCACAAGCCCCUACUUCCUAUUUACAAAUUUGGAGGUUGCAACUGCCACUCGAAGAGUUUUGAAGGUAGGGGUGAAAUUUUCAUGUUACAGGAUGUCACUUUAUGAUCUAAAAUUGACGUGUUUCGGGAUUUUUUUUAUAAAUAUGCACAAUAGUGAAUUUAUUCCAUUUGGCUGUUACACACUGUAUAAUUAAUUAAUAUUAUAACAGGUAGCUUUGAUUAGUUAAAAUAAAAAAAAAAAACAUAGAGCGUGUUAAGAUAUAAUUAAGUUUCGAACAAGACUGAUCCCUCUUAGUUAGUUUCAGUUUUCUAGGGUUCUCUAAAUCUCGAAUUGGCUCUUCACACUGAGAUUAAAAUAAACACAUAAAUUGCUGAUUUUUAUAUCAAUAAAAAUUGUUUAAUAUUUAAACUUUGAAUUUUAAUUAGUAUGUAUAAGGCAAAUUUAUUAUUUC